AUGUCGGGAGAGACUGAGAUGGAUGAUCCAGAAGUCUCGGAUGGCGCAUCGGAAAAUGAGUGCAGUGACCACGAGCAAGAGAUAGGAAAAGAGGAGGGCGAUAAUACGGACAUGGCCGAGCAGAAAUUCAGACCAGACACCGAGGAGGAUGGAAAGGGAGGGGGCUCGAAUGCAACGACGAAACCGAAAUUGGAUCCGAAGGAUCCAUUGAGACCGAGGAGAAAGAAGGCAAGAAGAGCAUGCUUUGCCUGUCAAAGAGCUCACUUGACUUGUGGGGACGAGCGUCCAUGUCAACGUUGCAUUAAAAGAGGUCUUGCGGACGCCUGCCAAGAUGGUGUUAGGAAGAAAGCAAAAUACCUUCACGAUGCACCUCCUGAAGCUUUGAGACCUGUUCUAGGUCCCAAUUAUAACCAGGUCAAUAACAAUGGCCUAUCCAGUAAUGAGCCACCCAAGACCACCACGACUGCCACUACCGUCUCCGAUACCUCACCAGCAAUUGGCACUGGUUUCUUCCCACAAGCAGCUAACUCUCCGUCAUAUUCCAUAUACUCUGGAAAUCAGCAAAAUCAAAUGCACCCACCUUUGCAGGGGAGGCUAUCGUAUGGCAGUCAGCAGUCGCCCCUUUCGCCGACGUUUCAAAAUCCUCUCAACCGACAGUCGCUGCAAGGGCUCUCAGUCCCGCAGGUCUCAAAUGACGUUCAAAACUCCUUUAACGGAGCACUUUUCGAUCCCAGCAAUCCUGCGCUCUUCAAUUUUGACCUCGAGGGCCUGAAUUUUGGCAAUCAUUAUGGUGCUUUGGAGUUUGGCAUGUUAGGACAUAUGUCCUCUGGGGCUGCUGAUACCCCGCCCAGAGACAAUAAUGGAUCGAUCUCCUCGCAAGGUAUGAAUGAUGCCAAUUUCAACAACGGGGGUGUUUUUGGUUACAAUAUGGGCCAGUCGGGCCCAAUGUUCUCCCAAGAGAUGCUCCCAGACUUCAUUGGGAUGGACCAACAGAACAGCACUGCUCAAAACUCUGGCAACAACGUUCAAAAUGGCCUUCCUCAUGCAUAUGCUAUAGCAACGGGCCCUACGAGUUAUCACAGUCCGAGUACAGAUGCUAGCCCCUCAGCAAGUGGGAUGGGGUUCGAUGGAUCACCCAACGCGAAUAACUACACCGCACACCGACCUACAAAAUUCCAGGACCCUAAAUCAGGCACAGGUUCAAAGUUCCCUGGCUCCGUUCUCGGCAAACGAUCGAGGGAUCCUUCUUCCAUUUACGAUACUGUCCGCGAGCCUUACUCUUACACGACAGGUUUCCAUAACCUAACCGCGUGUAUCCAAAGGCGCUUCUCUGCCAAUAAGACUCUGCAAAUAGCGAAGUCUCUCGCUUCCAUUCGCCCUUCCUUCAUCUCCUGCACAAAGACGUUGAACCGGCAAGAUUUGAUCUUUAUGGAGAAAUGUUUCCAGAGAACCCUUUUCGAAUAUGAAGAGUUUAUGUUGAAUUGUUGUACGCCAACACUGGUUUGCCGACGAACGGGCGAGGUUGCUGCUGUCAAUAAGGAAUUCACACUUCUGACCGGCUGGAGGAAAGAUGUACUUCUUGGAAAAGAACCAAAUCUAAAUGUCAACACCGGCAGGAACAACGGAACCGGCUCUGGAUCUGCCAGUGGGGGGAACAGUGGGCGGGCAGGACUUACAACACCGCGGAUGCUGCCUUUGAACCCCACGGACCAACAGGGAAAGGAGGGGAGACCACAGCACGUGUUCCUGGCUGAAUUACUGGAUGACGAUAGUGCGAUAGAGUUCUACGAGGACUUUGCGAAGUUAGCUUUUGGGGAUAGUCGAGGAAGUGUGACGAGAAGGUGCAAGCUGUUGAAAUACCAAACGAAGGAAGAUUUACAGGGCGCGCCUGAGAUCAAGGAGGAGGGGAUGAAUAAGAGACAGGAUAUUGGAGGCAUGGGGAACCGAGUUCGGGAGAUCGAUGGUAAGCAUGGCAUCGAAAGGCUGGAGAAGGAUGGAAAGAUGGAUUGUAGUUAUUGCUGGACGGUGAAGAGGGACGUGUUUGAUAUUCCUAUGUUGAUUGUUAUGAACUUCCUGCCCUGCAUCUAA